GAGAGAGAGAGAGGGAUAGAGGUGGGCGGGGGUGCAGCAGCAAAUGGGGAGAGCGUUUGUGUAUGUGAUAAUCGGAGGCGGGGUGGCUGGUGGCUACGCCGCCCAUGAAUUCGUCAAGAGAGGCGUCUCUCAGGGUGAACUCUGCAUCAUCUCCGAAGAGACUGUUGCACCCUAUGAAAGGCCUGCAUUGAGCAAAGGUUACUUACUUCCGGAAGAUCCUGCACGCCUCCCUUCAUUUCACUGUUGUGUAGGUUCCAACGAGGAAAGAUUGGCUCCAAAAUGGUACAAGGAAAAUGGUAUUGAAUUGAUUCUUGGAACUCGAGUCAAGUCUGCUGAUGUUAGACGGAAGACACUGCUAACUGCAACAGGAGAAACCAUAAGCUACAAAUAUCUCAUCAUUGCAACAGGUGCUCGGGCUUUGAAGCUUGAAGAGUUUGGAGUAAAUGCGUUAGACGCAACAAAUGUGUGUUAUUUAAGAGACUUGGCUGAUGCGGACAGGCUUGUUGAUGUGAUCCAAUCUUCUAGUGGUGGAAAUGCCGUUGUUAUCGGAGGAGGCUAUAUAGGGAUGGAAUGUGCUGCUUCUUUAGUCAUUAACAAAUUAAAUGUGACAAUGGUUUUUCCAGAGGCACAAUGUAUGGCCCGUUUAUUUACCCCCAAGAUCGCUAAUUACUACGAAGAAUUUUAUCAGUCUAAAGGGAUUAAGUUCAUCAAAGGAACUGUGUUGACAUCAUUUGAUUUCAACUCUGAUGGGAAGGUGACUGCAGUUAAUCUCCGAGACGGGACCAAGCUCCCCGCAGACCUAGUCGUGAUCGGAAUCGGGAUCCGCCCAAACACAAGCCUCUUCGAGGGUCAACUCACAAUGGAAAAGGGAGGAAUCAAAGUCAACGGCAAGAUGCAGUCAAGCAACGCCUCCGUCUAUGCAGUUGGAGACGUGGCGGCAUUUCCGGUCAGAAUCGUCUCCGACACACGCCGCCUUGAGCACGUGGACUCUGCCCGGAAGUCCGCCCGCCACGCUGUCUCCGCCAUAGUGGACCCCACAAACACGGGAGAGUUCGACUACCUCCCGUUUUUCUACUCCAGGGUGUUCACUCUCUCCUGGCAGUUCUACGGUGACAAUUCAGGCGAGGCUGUUCAUUUUGGGGAGUUCGAUAAAACUACCUUCGGUGCGUACUGGGUGAAUAACGGGGUUCUUGUGGGGUCGUUUCUUGAGGGAGGGACUAAAGAGCAGUACGAGGCGAUGGCUUUGGUGAGUAGGGUGAAGCCGAGAGUGGAGGAUUUAGGUGAGCUUGAGAGGUUGGGUUUGGAGUUCGCUUUGUCUGUGAAGGAGAAACCGUCACCUGCUGCAGGGGAGAUUAUCGUUGUGGGUGGGGGUGGGGGUGGGGGUGCGAGUGGGGGUGGAGGGGUCGGUGUUGUGGUGGAGAAGCCAUUGUAUGGUUGGCAUGCUGCUGCUGGAGUUAUUGUUGCUGCUUCUAUAGCUGCGUUUGCUUACUGGUACGGAAGGAGGCGUAGAAGGUGGUGAAGAAUCUACUACUCUACACACGACACGUAAUUUAUUUUGUGGUAGAAAACAAGGGAUUUAAGAAUUGUUUUAUCUGAUUAGAAUUUGUAAAUGGAUCUUAUUUCUGAGUUCUUGCAUAUGUAUUGAAUCUUGUUGUGAAAUGAGGUGUCAAAAAGUUGUAAUUGAAUAAUGGUGUUGCUCGGAUGUCUCCUAAGUUAUAAUAAGGGCUUUUAUGUUGAAAA